AUGGAAUCUGCCCGAAGUCUCUACAAAAAUGACAUCGAUUUUGCAGCCUUGGCGCUGCAAUCGCGCGACUUCGCCAAGCACUUGAAAUCAAACGGCCAACUGGACUUUACAGAUCCCGCCGCCGUCCGACAACUCACCACCACCCUCCUGCAACAAGAUUUUCACCUGAAAGUUGAGAUCCCCGAGGAUCGACUAUGUCCACCGGUACCAAAUAGACUCAACUACAUCCUCUGGCUGCAGGACCUCCUUGACUCCACCGCUGGAGGGUUGCAUGAGGGGUAUGACCGAGACCGGGAGAUCGUCGGCCUCGACAUCGGAACGGGGUGCAUCGGCAUAUACCCCCUUUUGGGCUGUGCGACACGGCCGCGGUGGAACUUCGUGGCAACAGACAUCGACUCGAACAAUAUCCGCACAUCCCGACAUAAUGUGGCCCUGAACAGCCUCGAAUCGCGAAUUCAUAUCGUACAUUCCGACCCCAACGGACCGCUCUUCCCGCUAGAAAAGCUAGGCCGCCAAACCCUCGACUUCACCAUGUGCAACCCACCCUUUUACACCUCGGCCAAUGAGCUGAAGCAAUCCGCUGAGCAGAAAGAACGAGAGCCCUUCUCGACCUGCACCGGCGCCGAAGUCGAAAUGGUGACCCGCGGCGGAGAAGUCGCUUUCGUGAAGCAAAUGAUCGACGAGAGUCUCCAGCUGCGCGACCGCGUCCAAUGGUACACAUCCAUGCUCGGCAAAUUGAGCAGUAUCAACGUACUCGUAGAAAUGCUGAUCAAGCACGGCAUCACCAAUUUCGCAGUCACCGAGUUCGAGCAGGGAAGCAAAACGAAGCGCUGGGCCGUGGCCUGGUCAUGGGUAGACAGACGGCCUGCCAUGAAUAUUGCCCGUGGAAUCCCCGGCUGCCCGAAGAGUCUUUUGCCUUUCCCUGCAGAUUACACAUUCACGUUACCACCUGGCACGUCUAUUGACAUAGCCACUGCUAAUAUCAAUGCAGAACUUAGCUCGUUGCCUUGGUUCUGGGCCUGGGAUCAGACCCGUUCUGCGGGGACGGGAUUCGCUGCUGAGAAUGUGUGGUCGAGAUUCGCCCGCCGGAAGAUGAAACUUGCCGGUGAGGAGGGUGCGGAUAAAUUGAAGAUGAUCCCGGCCCAGGUAGCGCUGGGAGUACGUCUGCAGAUAUGGCUGGUCCGGGGGCAGAAACCGGACGAGAAAGAGGUGAAGGUCUUAGUCCGCUGGGCGCAGGGGACAGACACCGUCUUGUUCGAGAGCUUUUGCGGGAUGGUGAAGAGGAAGUUGGAAUCAAAAUGA